AUGUCCUUCUCCAACCCCCGGAGGACCGCGGUGACUCGCCCAGGCUCUGAUGCCACCAAUGGCCUGAAGCCUAAGACCAACUUGGCUCUCAGGAAAGGAGCUACCUUUCACUCUCCCAUGACUCCUCCAUCCAGUCCGCCCUCGACGUCUACCUUCAGGGUCCCUUUACUACCUCGCCGGUCUCAGACGAAUCUGGAUGAUGUCGUCGACGCCCAUGUUCGACGUGCCGCUUUGACCAUUGGCAACAUCGACGACACGCUCACAUCAACUGUCACAUCAACUGACGCUGAGCCCUCGACAUCUCGUCGCUCGUUCCGGGACGACAGUCUACCCAUCCCCAGGGGUGUCUUGAACCAUACCGUCAUCACGGACACCAUGUCUCAGGAGCUUUCUCCCACGGAGCCGGAACGCCGGAUGUUGCGCCCUCGCCAACCCCGUUCAUCUCGUAUUCGCGAAUCGGACAGCGGGCUUGGAACUUCGAUUGCGUCCACCGCCCAGAAGCGAAAGGAAACAACUGCCCCAGGUGGCGCGACCACCCUCACGAGGUCCGCCAAUGCUUCCAAGACCGAUAGCAUUCCACGUCUCGGCUCCCGUGCUGUGAACCGUAUCCACGAGCAUACCUUGAAACCACUGCUGGCAAAGACUUCUCUAAAGGAGUUCCUUCCCAUUGUCCUUGACUGCCCCAGAAGGAUUCAGGAGAAUCAGAUCGUUUGUCUUAGGGACCUCGAGAAGACGCUGAUAUUUAUGGCACCUGAGAGGGCCAAAUCUGCCAAACUAUACCUCGACUUCUGCCUCACGUCGAUCCGAUGCAUCCAAGCGACCGUCGAAUAUCUGAGCGACCGAGAACAAACGCGACCUCACGAUCGACCGUACAGCAACGGCUACUUUAUUGACCUCGUCGAACAGAUCCGCCAACACGCCCAACAGCUGCAAGAGGCCCGCGAAAGACAGGCUUCAGGUGAAGAGCUUGACGAGAUGGAUGUCGAUCCUACCGACGAGGUCAAACUCAUGGGGGGACUUACGGCGAAUGGCCGCCCCGCAGAGCUUGUCCGCGUCAAGAAGAAUGGCAAAGCCAUCUCCAUCGCCACCGGUCAGGUUGUGGAGAACAUCGACGAGGAAACGAAAGGUCCGAUUCGGUUCAAGCGGUCAAUGAGUCAACAAGCAGAGGAUGAGGAAGAGAUCAUGCGCUCCAUGGCCCGGCGAAAGAAGAACGCGUCGCCUGAAGAAUUGGCCCCAAAGAAGUGCACGCAUCCUGGCUGCACCAAAGAGUUCAAACGGCCGUGCGACUUGACCAAACAUGAGAAGACCCAUUCCCGUCCCUGGAAGUGCCCUCACCCUACAUGCAAGUUCCACGAGUACGGCUGGCCAACAGAGAAAGAGAUGGGCCGACACGUCAAUGACAAACACUUGACCACCCCGGCGAUGUAUGAGUGCGAAUUCAAGCCCUGCCCAUACAAGUCGAAGCGGGAGUCCAACUGCAAGCAACACAUGGAAAAAGCCCAUGGCUGGGUCUACAACCGGACCAAAGCUCCCAAGAAGGGAAGCAAGGCUGGUAGCUCAGCUCAUCCGACACCGAUUGUCAACAACCUUCCCACUCCCAGCAGUGACUACACUGACCCGGUCAUGACGCCUCCUGAGGAUUCUCUCUAUGCCCCUUACACCGACCCGCAUCUCUUCCCCGCGUACCCGUCAUCUGAGGAGUUCAACACUGGCUUGUUCGAGCAGCAGCCCUUUGAUGGGGACAUUCAACUAGAAUUUCAACUAGCGGGCAGUGGCAGGGGCGGCAGUGGUACUCCAUCCACCGAUGGCGGCCACUUCACCACCUACCCAGACCUCAGCCCUGAAUUUACCGGCCAGUUCGAGGAUAUCUACGGAGCUCACGUCCAAGUGCCGACGCCUGCGCACUCUGUCUACAAUAAGGCUACGUUACAGAUUUACCCCAACUUCGCCACUGACAUGUGCCCACCAGUAGAGGCGCCACAUAUCUCACCCGGUGGCCAUGGCAACACCAUGUUGUAUACGCCAGACUCCAUGGUAGAUGUGGAUGAGGGCUUCGAUGAUUACACACACACCAGCAGCGGCCAACAUAACGGUGACUUCUUGCUCUUCCCACCAAAUGAUAUGGGCAAACCCGCUCAUUACGAUCCUACCCUCUUUGGCAACGUCGCGCCCAGCCUCGCUGCCGGCUACACUCAACCAUCGUCCCAAGACUUCAACAUGGAGUACAAUCCACCCCCAAUGGAUUGGGCUAGUGAGUAUCCCAAUCACAGCCAGGGAUAUGCGCACCAUCCAUAA